AUGCGCUUCUUUACUGUCCUCUCUAUCCUAUCUAUUGGCCUUGUGGCCGCGACGCCUCUCGCUGGCCCAGAGGCCGCCGCUAUAGCUCAACCCGACAGCGCUGGGCAGUCUUGUGGAUCCUGCUGCCUUGGGGGGGAAGCAAUUAAGAAUUGUUGUACGGGAACGGGAUGCAACUACUGUGCAGGAAAUUUGCUAGAGAGCUACACUUAUAAACCUUAA